AUGGGCUCCAGAACAGGGACUCGAUCCAAGAGGGUCUACUCAAAGGCGAGGCUUCAGCGUGCCCUCGACGUCUAUCAUCGGGCUUCCCAACGCCUGACAUCCACACGCCAUACUCAGGAACGUCAUCUUCGCGAGGAUUACCAAUUCCGACGGGUCAACUCCGCCUGGAACUUUGCACAAGCCAUAUCAUGGUAUGAUGAUGAUUCGUCUGAGGAAUACUGUCCCACCACAGCCAAAAAACGUCGGCUUCCAGUUCGCAAAAUCCCCAAAGCGAAACGAAUCAAACAGGAACCUAGGCCAACAAACCCAGCAUCCUCCCCGGAAGCUCGCGAUAAGUCUUGCCGAUCUCUAGUCACGCUCAAGCUCACAUCCAGUGCUGGCAGAGCCCUGCUAAGUGACAUUGCCAACAAAGAAGGCACUGGCUCUGGGACCAGGUCAGGUGCAGAUGGCGACUUGAGAGAAGGAGUUUCUAAGGGUAGUGUACAAUCCGGUCCUGUCUGGGACGGGAUUACCUUAGAAAUUCGAGACGAAGAGAGUGAUAAAAUUUGUGGAGGAACAAAUCGCAGCGGUUUCAAGAGGAAUAGGGAUGUUUCGUUAAGACCUGAGGGGCCGACAGAAUCCAAGGAUCCCAGCAAGGUCUGCUAUGCGAAUACCAGCCAUUUAACUUGCGAACAAGGUCAAAUUGAAGCUGCAGAUUCUGUUGAGCGCAGCCUUCCAAAGGAGGCAAGGACUGGAGAUACCUUGGUCAACCGGCCCACCGCCACCUCUCACUGCCCUUCUGCUCCUGCUCAGCCAACGCCGAUCCAAAUUAUUCGAGCAGCAGCCGUAGAGAUCCAACAAGCUCGGGACAUACUGGCCGGGCUUUCUAGGGAAAACCCAAUUAUCCUAGAUUCGCCUCGAUCCUCGCCAGAAGCAUCUCCGCAGAACGAAGAAUCCACGUUUCGCACCUUCACAAUAAGCACCCCAUGGGCUCAUCCGAUCAAUUUCAAGUAUCUUGAAUCGUUGAAUAAGCCAUGCCACUUUUGUGAGGACUUCAGAUAUGGGAUCUAUGGAUAUGGUGUGAUCUCUGUCGAGGUCAUCCAAAUCAUGGAACAGCCAGAGCUGCAAGAGAUGGGCAAUGGGCAUCUAGCUAAGGGCAAAGAAGCAACACGCAUGUGCGUCAACUGUUCUUUAAACCGACUCCAUAUUUCUCGAUGCAAAGUCCAUUCAAUGCAGCGUUUCGCAAAUAGAUCUGAAGAGCUCCACCGGAAGUACAUCACACAGUUGACUGGCGACAGCUAUCCCCAAGGACCAGCGCUCAGACACGGGGUGUACCACACGUGCUCAUUGUGCUCGAAUGCGGCGUUGUGGAGCUGCUGUGCCGACCAGAGGGUGGACAAGUACUUGAGGAAGCUGAACGACGGCAAGGGGAAAGGUUGCGGGCUGGUUCUCUGUGAUUCAUGCGCAGGACAAGUGAUAAUGGACAAAGGGGUUUUGAAGAAGACGACGGUGCAGGAGGUCAACGGCUACGAUUGUCGACGGGCAGAUAUGGAAUUCCUCUUUGCAGGAAGCUUGCUUCACAGGGCGUGGGCUUGA